GAGGGUCCAGCUAAAAUAUCCUGUAGGGAAUUCCAGGAAGGGAAGGGAGCAGCAAAGGACCUGGAAUCCAGUGGCCUGCCUGGGAGGAAGGUGAGGGUAGGAGGAGGCAUGGCGUGUUUCAGAGAAUCCGAUUCGAAGAAGCAGGCUCUCCCUCUCCAUUCCUUUGGUUCUUCAGAAAGCCCGACUGGGAAUCCUGGGAGGGGCCCGGGUCCAGAUGCUCCUCCAAGCUGGGGAGGGAGGGAGGAAGUGGACGCAAGAGCCAGAGCAUCCUCAUCUCCAAGGAGCUACCUAGGAGGUAGCGCUAACCCAGCUCGGAGAACGCAGAAAACGUUCGCAGUAGAUCCUGGUUCAUUGUUUUUUCCCAGGACCAGAAACUAAUGGUGGUAGAAAGUUGCCAAGGAUUUCGGAUUCUGAAAAACAAAACAAAACCAAAACUACCCUCACAAAUCUGGAGCAGGGAAAACAGAAUCCGUGUUUGUUCUUUGGAAGGGCAGUGUGUAGUUUUACAUGAGUAAAGGCGAAUUUCGUGACUCAGAAAAGAACAUUUAAAGGAAAAAAAAAAAAAAAAAACCCUCCCCGGAGACAACUGGAUGUGAGACUUUUCGAGGAAGGGGCACCGGGAGAUGUCACUUGCUCACCAGCAGGUGGCGCGUUUUCUUUAGGAUUGCGUCCCCAAGCCUGUCGAUAAAACAUCGCAGCCAGACUUGCUCCGAGUUCCCUCGCCGGAAAUCGCUAUGCAGAUAAUAACCCUCCAGUGUCUGGAAAUUAAUUACCUCCAACGCUCAUUCCUCCAGCGCCGACCGCCGCCUGUGUAGCCCGUCAACGACGUAGCGCCGCGGGUGUAGUAAGAUCGAGAUUGAGAACAUACUGCAACUACGGCCAUGGGCAGCAAAACCUUGCCAGCACCGGUGCCCAUCCACCCAUCUCUGCAGCUCACCAACUACUCCUUUCUUCAGGCAGUGAAUGGCCUGCCCACAGUGCCCUCGGACCACCUGCCCAAUCUGUAUGGUUUCAGUGCGCUGCAUGCCGUGCACCUGCACCAGUGGACGCUGGGCUACCCCGCGAUGCAUUUGCCGCGGUCCUCUUUCUCCAAAGUGCCCGGCGCCGUGUCCAGCCUGGUGGACGCGCGCUUCCAGCUGCCUGCCUUCCCCUGGUUCCCUCACGUCAUCCAGCCCAAGCCUGAGAUCACCGCUGGAGGCAGCGGCCCCGCGGCGCUCAAGACCAAGCCGCGCUUUGAUUUUGCCAACCUGGCCUUGGCGGCCACGCAAGAAGAUCCGUCCAAGCUUGGCCGGGGAGAGGGUCCCGGGUCCCCUGCCAGUGGGCUGGGCGCCCUCCUGGAUGUGACCAAGCUGUCCCCAGAAAAGAAGCCCACGAGGGGACGCCUGCCUUCCAAAACCAAGAAGGAGUUCGUCUGCAAAUUCUGUGGCCGCCACUUCACUAAGUCCUACAACCUCCUCAUCCAUGAGCGGACGCACACGGACGAGCGGCCCUACACCUGCGACAUCUGCCACAAAGCCUUCCGGAGGCAAGACCACCUACGAGACCACAGAUAUAUUCACUCCAAAGAGAAGCCUUUCAAGUGUCAAGAGUGCGGGAAAGGAUUCUGCCAGUCCAGGACUCUCGCUGUCCACAAGACGCUACACUCACAGGUGAAGGAGCUCAAACCUCCAAGAUCAAAUGCUAAACAGAGCCUCCGGGGCACCCGGACCCUGGGUCACGCCGCCCCCUCUUCCAGAGGGACCAGAAGCCGAAGGCGACUCUGGCGGGCAGCGGGAGGGCCUCCCGGGACCUUCCCCCAUCCCAAACGCGUCCCCCGGGGCCCGGGCGCACGCGGAACUCCAGAGCCCCGCCCCGGGCCGUGACCCCGGCCGCCCGGGCGGCUCCCCCAGGACGCGGCUAAACUCUUGGCCAAAAGGAGGUACUCACGUGGCGGAAGGGAAACUGCAUUAAAAAAAAAAGAACGAAAGCUUCGCGGAGCCGCAGCGGCGCCUCUCCCAGAAGUAUUACUUUUUCUAUUGUUAUUUUAUACGUUUUCUUUAUUCUUUAUUUUUUUUUUCUUUGAACAUAUAAGCUUGUAACUCUGACUGCGGAGAGAGAGGGGAGAGGAAAAGAAGUUCUGUGCUCUCUCGCAGCCUCCAACCCCUCCUCCCGCAUCCAACCCCACCCCUGGGAGCCUGCAAAAGUGUAAUCCCUGUAUCUGCUUCAGCCGCCGGGCCCCAGGAUCGCGGGGCCGGGGAGCGCCCCUCCCAGCUCCUGCCGCGCAGCGGGUCGUGGGCUCCCGGACUCCGACGGCGGGGCGAGGGCCUCGGGCCCUGGGGCUGGAGGGGGCCCGGCCUCCGGCUCCCCGGCUCCGCUGCCCCAUCACCGCGAGCGAGCAGAAGGCUAGGAGCAGGACGAUGUAUUGCGAUUGGCACUUUAUGCUGACCAUCGGUAACGGACAUUUAUCACUGGAGUUUUUAAAAAUAUUAAAUAAACGGUUAUUUUACAGGCA